AAGAAAAAAAAAAAAAGAAGAAAAAGAGUGAAUGCUUUCGCCAUGGAAAUCAUAGAUGUUCGGAUUUGUAAACCAGAGUUGAUGCAGUAAACCAGAACUCAGAAAUGAAAGGUAUCCCGAUCCGAUUCAGAUCGUAGUUGGUUCGUGAUUCUAUGUCUUCAGCUUGAUCUUCUGAUUAUUCCUUUACUGAAUUUGGCACUGAAUUGGAAUCUUCAGUUGAUUACUCUUGCUGCUUAAAUAUUUCGAAAGAAUAAUGGACAAGUCAAGUGCUCUGGAUUACAUCAACCAGAUGUUUCCCACAGAAGCAUCUUUAUCCUGUGUUGAGCCACUCAUGCAAAAGAUACAAGGGGAAAUUCGUCGCGUGGAUGCUGAAAUUUUAGCUGCUGUUUGUCAACAGAGCAAUUCAGGGACAAAAGCCAAGGAGGAUCUUUCAACAGCUACACGUGCAGUGGAGGAACUCAUGUAUAAAAUCCGUGAAAUAAAGACCAAAGGCGAGCAAAGUGAAUCAAUGGUUCAGGAGAUAUGUCGUGACAUAAAAAAGUUGGAUUUUGCCAAGAAGCAUAUAACAACAACUAUUACUGCACUCCAUCGUCUUACUAUGUUUGUCUCUGCUGUUGAGCAAUUGCAAGUAAUGGCUUCCAAACGCCAAUACAAGGAGGCAGCUGCACAACUAGAGGCUGUCAACCAGCUUUGUAGUCAUUUUGAAGCUUAUAGAGACGUCCCUAAGAUCACUGAGCUAAGGGAGAAAGUUAAGAACAUCAAACAGGUUCUCAAGUCACACGUGUUCUCUGAUUUUGCGAGCUUGGGCACAGGCAAGGAGGCAGAAGAAGGUAAUUUGUUGCAACAACUCUCAGAUGCUUGCUUAGUUGUUGAUGCCUUGGAGCCAUCUGUCAGAGAGGAAUUGGUUAAGAUUUUUUGCAGCAGGGAGUUAACUUCAUAUCAACAGAUCUUCGAAGGAGCUGAAUUGGCUAAACUGGAUAAAACUGAAAGGAGGUAUGCUUGGAUAAAGCGGCGUCUAAGAACAAAUGAGGAAAUAUGGAAAAUAUUUCCUGCUUCAUGGAAUGUUGUUUAUUUGCUCUGCAUCCAGUUCUGCAAGUUGACAAGAACACAACUUAUGGAUAUCCUUGUUAAUCUAAAGGAAAAGCCUGACGUGGGUGUGUUACUUUUGACUUUACAGAGAACACUAGAAUUUGAGGAAGAGUUAGCAGAAAAAUUUGGUGGUGGUACUUUAAACAAACAAUCAGGUGCUGACGGCGAAGAGACAGACAAUGAAGAAAAUAAUAGUCAAAGAAUAUCUGAUAUUCGAAAGAAAUAUGAGAAAAAGCUUGCCGCAAAUCAAGGAAACGAGGAGGAAGGAAAAGAAGGACAAAAGGAAUCUUCUGUGCCAGGAGCUGGUUUCAAUUUCCGCGGCAUUAUCUCGUCUUGCUUUGAACCUCACUUGAUGGUUUAUGUAGAACUGGAGGAGAAAACUCUUAUGGAAAAUCUGGAGAAACUUGUUCAGGAGGAAACAUGGGAUAUCGACGAGGGAAGCCAAAAUAAUAUCUUAUCCAGUAGCAUUCAAUUAUUUUUGAUUAUUAGAAGAAGCUUAAAGAGAUGCAGUGCUUUGACAAAGAACCAGACUUUGCUUAAUAUAUUCAAGGUAUUUCAAAAAAUUCUUAAAGCGUAUACUAUGAAGCUCUUUGCAAAACUGCCUAAAGGGGGCACAGGAAUUGUUGCAGCUGCCACUGGAAUGGAUGGGCAAAUUAAGACAUCAGGCAAGGAUGAGAGGCUAAUCUGUUUUAUAGUUAACACAGCUGAAUAUUGCCACAAGACGUCUGGUGAAUUGGCGGAAAAUCUAUCAAAAAUAAUAGAUCCUCAAUUUUCUGAUAGAGUAGAUAUGACUGAAGUACAGGAUGAAUUUUCAGCUGUUAUCACGAAAGCAUUGGUCACAUUAGUUCAAGGUAUAGAGACCAAAUUUGACGCUGAAAUGGCUGCAAUGACACGAGUCCCAUGGGCUACACUUGAAAGCGUUGGAGAUCAAUCCGAGUACGUUAAUAAUAUACAUGCAAUCCUUACCAGCAGCAUUCCUGUCUUGGGGAGUCUACUUUCUUCCGUUUACUUUCAGUUCUUCUUGGAUAAGCUUGCAUCAUCCCUAGGUCCUCGCUUCUACCUCAAUAUUUUCAAGUGCAAGCUAAUAUCCGAAACAGGAGCCCAACAAAUGUUGUUAGACACUCAAGCUGUGAAGACAAUUCUUUGGGACAUACCAACUCUUGCAAGACAGACAUCUGGUGCAAAUAGUUAUUCAAAGUUUGUCAGUCGAGAGAUGAGUAAAGCCGAAGCUUUGUUGAAGGUCAUAUUAUCUCCUGUAGACUCAGUUGCCAAUACAUACCGUGCAUUGUUGCCCGAGGGAACACCUUCAGAAUUUCAGCGGAUUCUAGAGCUCAAGGGGCUGAAGAAACCUGAUCAACAAACAAUACUAGACGAUUUUAUAAAACGUGGGUCUGGGGUUGGGCAACCGUCUAUUUCCCAACCACCAGUUAUUCUGGCUGGUCCAGCUGUCCCCGUGGCUCCAUCAGCUGUUCUAACUUCGGGUUCAACUGGAGUUAUUGCAUCAAGAGAAGACGUUUUAACUAGAGCUGCUGCUUUAGGAAGGGGUGCGGCUACAACCGGUUUCAAAAGAUUCCUUGCCUUAACUGAGGCUGCUAAAGAUAGAAAAGAUGGACCUUUCAGAAAGCUAUUCAAUCCAUGAAAGAUCUUUCAAUGCCAUUCUUUUACAAUUUUACUCUUCAAAUAUUUGUUAUGGUAAAAACAGAUCAUAUGUAAUUUCUAUGCAUCUUCUGAUUUUUGUUGUCCUAUGAUUACUAAUAAAAAAUAUUACAAGUUUAAUUACCAAUAUAUGUGUAUUUUUUAUGUAAAAAUAUUGUAGGAUUGGAAGUUGUUGUACACUUAUAUUUUUACAUCAAACUGAUAGACUUAAAAGAGUAAAAUUGAUUGUA